AUGUCCGCAAAAGAGAAGUCUAAGUUUGAGGAUAUGGCAAAGGCAGACAAAGUGAGAUAUGAUAGAGAAAUGAAAGAUUUUGGACCCGUUAAGGGAAGCAAGAAGAAGAAGGAUCCAAAUGCCCCAAAGAGGCCACCAUCUGGAUUCUUUUUGUUUUGCUCAGAAUUCCGUCCUAAAAUCAAAUCCACAAAUCCUGGGAUCUCUAUUGGUGAUGUUGCAAAAAAACUAGGUGAAAUGUGGAACAACCUGAGUGAUGGCGAGAAGCAGCCUUACAACAAUAAGGCUGGCAAGCUGAAAGAGAAAUAUGAAAAGGAUGUCGCCGACUACAAAUCCAAAGGCAAACUUGACGGCGCUAAAGGUGCUCCUAAGGUUCCCAGGAAAAAAAUAGAGGAGGAGGAAGAUGACGAGGAAGAAGAUGAAGAGGAGGAGGAAGAUGAGGAGGAAGAGGAUGAUGAAUGA